UUGUUGCGCUGUUCCGGGUUAAAACAAUUACUUAUGUCAGUAUUAGUUCAUAUUAAUCUAAUAUCAAUUGUUAAGACAAUAUUGGUUUAGAUUGCAUUCAUCGGUUUUAAUUAAACAGUGGAACUAUAUAGUGAAGGCGGUGUGAUAUUUGUUCUAAAAUCCCAGCCUGCUCUACCUUCUUUUUUUCCUUCGGUGGAGGCCAUGAUGGGAGCCUGAGAGUUCAGCUGGAGCGAGAGGAACGAGAAAAGAAGAUGAUUCCCCGGGACGGAACUGACAAACCAAUCUGUGCAGAUUUCUGAUCUUUGUAUAGUCCAUAUACAUUUAAGGUGGAGCCUGUCACUUUUUUCAGAUGUGUUCUUGGCAAUCAGUCGAUGACAAUGUUGAAUCGUUAGGGGGCUUUUGGAUCGAAAAAGGAGGUAGCAUUAGCUAUUGUUGCUAGCUAGCUGUGCUAGCUAGCUAGUUAGCUAGCGAGCUAGCUACGUCUGAGUGACUGGAUACGGUUUUCGGGAACCGGUGAGUUCUCUAUCCUCUCGCUCUCAAUCGCGGCGGCUGCGAUUGAGCCAUCGGCGUGGACCGUGCCCGGCAUCUGAAGGUUUUUUUGAGGACAACUGCAUGUAUUUUAUUCGGGGGUAUUUGCAAGACGAAUUGCAGGAUUGGGAAAGUCGGGCCUGCACGGAGGAGCAGAGCAAGGCCCGUCUUUAUGAUCCUGAGGAAGCCUUUCUAAUCCUACCGACAGCCACUGCUAGAUCUGCUGGCUAGCACGUCUCUGCGAGGACCUGCAAAAUUCAGAGAGCAGCCAGCGACCGAGAUCAGACCCACUGACUGCAACACACACGACCAGACGGUCAAUAGCAGAAAAAACUGUUUUUCAUCAUUUACCCCAUAUAGACUCCUGUCACCUGCUACAAUGGCUGCGAUUAUAAAAGAAAUGGUCAGCCGGAACAAAAGGAGAUAUCAAGAAGAUGGGUUCGACCUGGACUUAACAUAUAUCUACCCAAACAUCAUUGCUAUGGGCUUUCCAGCAGAGAGACUCGAAGGCGUGUACAGAAACAAUAUAGACGAUGUAGUACGGUUUUUGGAUUCAAAGCAUAAAAACCAUUACAAAAUCUACAACCUCUGCGCAGAAAGACACUACGAUGCUGCCAAAUUUAACUGCAGAGUUGCACAGUACCCCUUCGAAGACCACAACCCUCCUCAGCUGGAGCUAAUUAAGCCGUUUUGUGAAGACCUGGACCAGUGGCUCAGCGAGGAUGACAAUCACGUGGCGGCCAUCCACUGUAAGGCCGGGAAGGGCCGCACUGGAGUCAUGAUCUGCGCCUAUCUCCUCCAUCGAGGCAAAUUCCUGGAGGCCCAAGAAGCGCUGGACUUUUACGGUGAAGUCAGGACAAGGGACAAGAAGGGAGUAACGAUCCCGAGCCAGCGCCGCUAUGUAUACUACUACAGCUACCUACUGAAGAACCAGCUAGAGUACAAGCCGGUGGCGCUCCUCUUCCACAAAAUGGUGUUCGAGACUCUCCCCAUGUUCAGCGGGGGCACCUGCAGGGACAGUACCGUUAAAAACAGGAGCGAGCCGACCCCUCAGGGCUUCAAGAAAGGGAAUUGGCAUUGGGAUCCCCAGUUUGUGGUGUACCAGCUGAAAGUGAAGAUUCACACGUCGAACCCCGCUCACACGCGGCGCGAGGACAAGCACAUGUUUUUUGAAUUCCCCCAGCCGCUGCCAGUUUGUGGAGACAUCAAAGUGGAGUUCUUCCAUAAACAGAAUAAGAUGAUGAAGAAGGACAAAAUGUUCCACUUCUGGGUGAACACCUUCUUCAUCCCUGGACCAGAGGAGAGCGGGGACAAGAUGGAGAACGGGGCGGUGAACAAUGCAGACAGCCAGCAGGGGGUACCGGCACCGGGCCAGGGCCAGCCACAGAGCGCCGAGUGCAGGGACAGCUGCAGGGAAAGCGGCAGGGAAAGCGACAGGGACAGGGACUACCUCAUCCUGACGCUCACUAAGAACGACUUGGACAAGGCCAACAAAGACAAAGCUAACCGCUACUUCUCGCCAAACUUCAAGGUGAAGUUGUAUUUUACGAAAACCGUGGAGGAGCCUUCGAAUUCUGAGGCAAGCACUUCGACAUCCGUCACCCCGGACGUUAGCGACAAUGAGCCAGACCAUUAUCGAUACUCUGACACCACUGACUCUGAUCCGGAAAAUGAACCUUUUGAUGAAGAGCAGCACACGCAAAUCACAAAAGUGUGAACUCUUUUUAAACAGGAAAAGAAGAAAUUAUACACGAGAGAAAAAAAGGAGAAAACUUGAAUAUAAACUCAAAAGAAGAACCUUUGUCCCUUCCCUCCCCCAGACGGCAAUAGAAUAUCAUCAUGUCAAAUGCCAAUUUUAGGGAAAAAAAGAUAAAUAUCCUGACCAAUAUAUUGUUUUUUUUAUUUUUCUUUUUUCUUUGGCACGGCCAUGUACCAUGUGCGAGGUAUUGACACUGUUGCCCCAUGGGAAAAGGUGCUGUAGCUAUAAAAAUGUAUUUAUCUAUAUAUAUAUACUCACGUAUAUGUAUAUACAUAUAUACAUGCAUAUAUAAACAAACAUUUUUUUGUGUCAAAGACAAUGGAAAGAGUACCACAAUCAGGAGACGGGAGGUGAAGUGUGGGAGAAGUUAGAAUGAUAUACUAGGACUAUGCUGCUCCUUCUCCUGUCUAAACCAAGGCCAGUGCUGCAGUCACUUUGUUUCACUCCCUCUCUUCUCCUCCUCCCCCCCCCCCCUUCUCCUCUCAUCUUUUACUCUCCCUCCCCUCCAUCCUAUCCUCCUUCCUAGCCUCCUUUACUGUGAAUGCUUCUUGUGCUCUUUGCAGGCUGUCUCACGUGACUUUUGGUCUUUGUGCAGUGCAAACUGCAUGCGGGCAGUGGGUUGGGGGUGGGCGGGGUUAUGAAGAGGCUGUGAUGAUGUCUAAAGCAUUGCCAUUCCUGUUCCCACUGUGUAUACGUUAAAUUAUGCAGAACAAGGCAUCCCAUGUAAUUGUUAAUGUUUUUUUUUAUCCUAAGAUAAUAAAAAUAUAAUACACAAAACAGCAGGGAGACAAGUGUUUGCAAUAAUGUCAACACUACAUUUAAAGGACAAUGGUGAUUUGCAUGUAUUGGAAUUGGCGUCCAUCCCUAAUAAAUGUAUGCAAUGUUGUCUUUUCUUAAA